CACUAUUUGUUGUUGUUUGGGAGAAGUGGGCCGGUCGGUCGACAUCUUCAGCAUAGUAGGCGCUUUAGGAAUAUACAUUUAUUGUGUUUUGGAGAUUAUUGCUGCUUAAAUACGGGCAUCUAACGUUAAUUGUUAUCUCAGAAGGAAAGACAGGAGGAGAAACCCACCCAUCCCUGAAUAAGUUAUUGAAUUUAAGAUGUCAAGCCAGUAUCAGCGAAGUGUUCCACUGGAGGUCAGGAGAGCGGAAGGGGAGAGAGUCCGCGCAAAACAUCCAGAUAAAAUUCCGAUAAUUGUGGAGAGAGCUGCACGGUCCCGAGCCCCUGAGCUUGACAAAAAGAAAUACCUUGUUCCUUCAGACCUUACAGUUGGUCAGCUCUGCUUUCUGAUCAGACAGAGAGUGUCCAUGAGGCCAGAAGAGGCUCUCUUUUUUUUCGUGAAAAACUCCCUUCCUCCAUCCAGUUCUCCCCUGUCUGUAGUGUACGAGGAACACCAUGAGGAAGAUCUGUUCUUGUACAUGACAUACAGUAAUGAAAGUGUUUAUGGUGCCUGAGACAGAAUAUGAAAGGAUUGGAUAGAGGGAGAGAAAGAUGAUGACAGAAAACAGGGAGGGGGUUUAUAAUGUACCACUAUUAUGCCAUGCUCAAUACAUUGUACCUUAUAGGGCAUUGUUGAAGGACUGAAGGGUUGUUUGUGUGUGUCAGUGUUUGGAGGCAACUAUAAUGUAUUACACUAAACUGAUUUAUAAUAGUCAAGCAUCGUGACUUGAGCGGUUUUAGAGAAAGGCAACAGAAGAAGUGAGAAAAUAACAUCAGUACAACAAAAAUAAAACAGUAGAGCAAGAAAGUAUUCAUUUCAUCUUUCUCUCCCAGGAGCGAGUCACCUGUAUUUAAUGCAAAUAGGUUUUUGUUCUUCUUUUUCCUUUUUGUAAAGUAUUAUCAAUAACUUUUGUGCAUAUAAUAAAUACCUGUUAUCAUUUAUUGAUCAUAUUA